GAUCCAUCUUCGCCCGAUGCCCGCAGGUGCUCCUUCGUCCUCGCCCGCCGUCCUUUCGUCGUCCUCCCCCGCCGAGCGCUUGCUCCGCGUUCGUCAUUCUUCACUGCGUCUCGCGACCGAGACGCCCUCCCCUCCCCAACUUGCUCAGCCCUUCCGUGUGGACGUCGUUCCCCGUCGUCAUCGCUUGCAUAGCGCCUGCUUCGCUGCGUCCCGCGCCCGAGACACCUUCCCCCACCCCCUCCCCGACCUGUUGCGCCCCCUCUGUGCCCAAGACGCACCACCCCCUCCAUCACAGUCGUCCUCGCUUCCUCCCUCCAGCGUCAGCGGUCUGUCUCACUCCAUGGCAUGGAUCUGGAUGGUCCUCGUAGCGGCAGUCGUGCUCCUUUGUCGUGUUGUCCUGUGUGGCCCCGAGCGUGCAGUUCAUGCCCCUCACAGCAGCGAUAGGAGAAGCCGGAACAUGUUGCUGAUCGUCCCCCACCCUGACGACAAGUCCAUGUCGGUGGACUUACCCAAGCAGAAUAGGUGUGAUUUAGUUGUGGUGGCGAAUGGAUGGAAGGAGAAGAUAGCUUCUGGUUUGACAAUAUGUGUGGUGAUUCGAAUCCCUGUCUUUCACAUGUUUUUUUCGUUUUGUCAGUACACCAGAGGUCCUGCAGCGGGUCACAACCACUGAGAUAUUGCAGGGCAAUGACAGUCUUGGGUUGAAAUAUGUAAGCAGACAUAUAUGCCCGAUAACUUUUGACUAACAUACUAAUAUUAGAAAGAUGAGAUGUUCAUAUU